UUCAUCGGGGGGGGGGGGGGACGACGGUGUCGUCCUUUCAAUUCAUUUAUCUGCAGGAAUGAUUGCUGCUAUCAGUCUCGCGCUCACCGCCCGGCUGAGGAGCCUUGACUCGAGGCCCUCUCGGCAGAGACUGAGCGGCGAGAAAGUGCGAGCCCCGGCCGGCGCGGUUCGAGCGGCAGGCGCCGGAGCCCGCCUUCCACCGGCCGGCAGUCACCCCGCUUUGCCUGCCCGGGGCCGGGCGGGCGCCGGCUCGCUCCCGGCCGCUGCCUGCUGGCUAAGACUUCGUUAGGUGGGUCGAUCUCCCCCUCCCUCCUCCUCUUCUUCCUCCUCUUCCUCCGCCUCCCAGUCCUCCUCCUCCUCCUCCUCCUCCUCCUCCUGAUCUUCCCUCCUUGGCGGGCGAGGGUGGGGGGGGGCGGGGGAGGCCGGGGCUCGCCCCGCGCAGCCACGAUGCUCCUGGACGCCGGCCCCCAGUAUCCCGCGAUCGGCGUGACCACCUUUGGCGCAUCCCGGCACCACUCGGCGGGCGACGUGGCCGAGCGAGACGUGGGCCUAGGCAUCAACCCGUUCGCCGACGGCAUGGGCGCCUUCAAGCUCAACCCCAGUUCGCACGAACUGGCCUCGGCCGGCCAGACAGCUUUCACGUCGCAGGCUCCCGGCUACGCGGCUGCCGCGGCCCUGGGCCACCAUCACCACCCGGGCCACGUCGGCUCCUACUCCAGCGCCGCUUUCAAUUCCACGCGGGACUUUCUGUUCCGCAACCGGGGCUUCGGCGACGCGGCGGCGGCCGCUAGCGCGCAGCACAGCCUCUUCGCGGCUUCGGCCGGCGGCUUCGGGGGCCCACACGGCCACACGGACGCCGCGGGCCACCUCCUCUUCUCCGGGCUCCACGAGCAGGCUGCGGGCCACGCUUCGCCCAACGUAGUCAACGGGCAGAUGAGGCUCGGUUUCUCCGGGGACAUGUACCCGAGGCCGGAGCAGUACGGCCAGGUGACGAGCCCGCGAUCCGAGCACUAUGCCGCGCCGCAGCUCCACGGCUACGGGCCCAUGAACGUGAACAUGGCUGCUCAUCACGGGGCCGGCGCCUUCUUCCGCUACAUGCGCCAGCCCAUCAAGCAGGAGCUCAUCUGUAAAUGGAUCGAGCCGGAGCAGCUGGCCAACCCCAAAAAGUCGUGCAACAAAACUUUCAGCACCAUGCACGAGCUGGUCACGCACGUCACGGUGGAGCACGUCGGCGGCCCGGAGCAGAGCAACCACAUCUGCUUCUGGGAGGAGUGCCCGCGCGAAGGCAAGCCCUUCAAAGCCAAAUACAAACUGGUCAACCACAUCCGCGUGCACACGGGCGAGAAGCCUUUCCCCUGCCCGUUCCCCGGCUGCGGCAAGGUUUUCGCGCGCUCGGAGAACCUCAAGAUCCACAAAAGAACGCACACAGGGGAGAAGCCCUUCAAGUGCGAGUUCGAGGGCUGCGACCGGCGCUUCGCCAACAGCAGCGACCGCAAGAAGCACAUGCACGUGCACACGAGCGACAAGCCCUACCUUUGCAAGAUGUGCGACAAGUCCUACACGCACCCCAGCUCUCUGCGCAAACACAUGAAGGUCCACGAGUCCUCUUCUCAGGGCUCACAGCCUUCGCCCGCCGCCAGCUCCGGGUACGAGUCGUCCACGCCACCCACCAUCGUCUCUCCCACUACAGACAACCCGACCACCAGUUCCAUGUCACCCUCCUCCUCCGCGGUCCACCACACAGCCGGCCACAGCGCGCUCUCUUCCAAUUUUAACGAAUGGUACGUUUAAAAUCAGAAACAAAAAAACAUGGCAAACCUAUUUAAGAGACUGAGCACUCGUAUACCCAAUUAUUGAAAGAAUCCUGAGAGUCGAGAAACCCCUCGUCCCGAUCCCGCAAACGUUGUUUUUGUUUUGUUUUGUUUUGUUUUGUUUUUAAUCUGCCGGUAAAUCCAGGACUGAGAAAAACAGAGGAAACAGCAAGCCUCUAAUUUUUUUUCAAUUUUCUAUUCCCUUUCUUUCUUUCUUUCUUUCUUUCUUUCUUUCUUUCUUUCUUUCUCUUUCUUUCUUCCUUUUUUUUUUCUUUCUCUCUUUGGAAAAGGCUUGGUAGCUGAAGGGCGGGAGGGGGUGGAAGGGAAGGCGGCUGCCAGACAGAACACGGCCAAAGGCCCUGAGGGCCAAUUUCUUGUUGGAUCAGAACAAGCUCUCUGGGGCUGCAGCUUUUCUCUUUAUCUUCUUGUUUUGCUUUCUUGUAAAUACAGAAUUAUUAGCUUAAAUCUGUUCUGUUGGAUUCUGUAUAUAGCUACACCUCGGUUGGAGUGGGUGGGUGGGAUCGUGGCGUGGUGGUCUUUGCAUUGGGGAGGGGAGGGCCGGCGGGAGGGGGGAGGGGAGGGGGGGGUGGGCGGCCGAAAGCCAACUGUUUGUACUGAAUGGCGAGAAUGUUCUAGUAAAUGUGUACCAAAAUGUGAACUACUUUGUACGAUUUCAGUCUCCACGUCGACCUAACAGAAUAUUAUUGAUAUUAAUGUGCUUUUUUUGUAUAAAGUGCAAACAUUUCGUCCCAAAGUCUGAGUACUUUAGUGCAGUAAAAUGUUGUUUCAUGUCCUGUCAAUAAUUCGUAUAGUACGAGCCUUGGAUCUACGUGUCAAACUGUUCCAUUUGUUUAUGUAAAGUGAUAUUAAAAAAAGAUAUAAACUAUAGCUGUCCAUUGCUUUUGGCAAAAUAUACAACCACACAAUGUAUAUAAUUCCUAGUUUCCAUAUUUAUCCGCAUGUAAAGGGCCCGGUUUAUCCAUGUUACAGCUAUUCAGUAUUUAUGGCUAGAAAAAAAAAAAAAAAACUCGUAUGUACACUUUAGUUUCCAGAACUGUUUGGUAACCUUUCGUACCUUAUUAAAGAUUCUUAAAUCUCGGUGAUUGUGGUAGGAAUUUCUUCUUCGCAUCCCCUUCCCCCAGCAACCUGUGCCAGCCUUAGCGGAUCUUCGGGAAAGCUCUCCAGCCUCCCUUGCCUUCUUUUCUGUCAUUGCAGGUCAUAUAAACGUGAUAAAUGAACGCUACCCUGCUGGCUCUCCGAGAGGGUGUAAUUAGUAUUUAUAUCAAAAUUUAUGAAACAAAUUUUCGGCCUCAGUAUAAUUUAAAUGACCUUUGCAGACAUAGAAUAACAACCAUAAAAAUAACGGAAAUAGAUUGCACAGGCAGCAUCAAUAUUAAUGCGAGCGAACUGUGAGAAGCUCAGGGGCUCUCUCUGUAGCCUUGCAAAUGAACUUGCAGUCAUUCAAGGGUUCAGCUGCACCCCCCUUAAAUCCCCUGGUCUGAAACUGGAUUGUAGAUUUACAAUAUUAUAUUUUAAACUGCUGUCUUCAAUUAAACUAUUAUGGUCAUAACUAAUUUUCAGGAUGCCGAUGCAUGCUUUUCCAGACCUUCCAUCUUUGUACAAAAGUAAAUGUCCAUAAAGCGUUUCACUUAUAUAUUUUUUCAAACAUGAUGCUAAUUUAAAUUAAUUACUUCCUAUGAUAUAUUAUUAUUUCUAUAAUUUUGGUACUGCCAUUAGUUCUCUCAAAAAUACAUCUAGGAAAGAGAAUUAUUUUAUGUAAUGUGAUUAUCUUUCUAUCUCUUUUAUUUAUUUCUCAUUUACUUAAGAAAUUCGUUCCAUUGGCUGGCGUUGAUACAGUAAAUUUGUAAAUGAGGAGACAAUAUAAAAAAAUCUAAAUUACUUGUGCUUAAUGACUGUGGCAGAACGCCUUUUCUCUAAAUCAGAUUGUCUUUCUUGCAGUUUAGUUUGAUAGAUUUGCAAGCUAUGCUGCCUCGGCGAAGUUAGGUUCUCUGGUAGGGACGCUGGUUUCUUUGUCUCUGGUUGUGGCUUGCAUGAUCGCCCCAUUAGGCAGACUACGUAGCUAGAACUCACAAAUCAGGCCCUUGGCUAUGGCUGCGAGGGUGUGGAUGUGUUAGAAGUCCGGGGAGGCAUGGUUCUGCUUCUCUACCAUCCUAUGUAGGUCCUGGAAGUUACAGGCCUAAGAAGGAGAACCUUCUAUGAGAUUCACAUGUCUUUCACAGCAAUAGCAACUUAAGAAAUUAUACCACUGGCUAAUCAUAAAAUAAAAAUGUUAUCCUCUUUAAAGCAACCUCUUGUAUUUCUCAUGUUUAUCAACAAAGUCUUGUUUAUGGAUAUAAGACUUUGCUGUAUUUACUUUAUCGCAUUUGGGGGGUUAACUGUAAAAAAAAGUUCUGUUUAUAACAGCAAUAUUGGCCUUUCAUAAAAAGAGCGCCACCUUGCAAAUUUUGUUGAGAUUUAAAAAAGUUCAAUGCCUGAGCAAGAGUUGCUGUUACUUCUAAAAAUCUGUGAAAUUAAAAUCCUGAUCUGAGUAGGUUUGGGGAUUUAACACUGAGCAACAGUGUGGUAUUUCAAGUGAUAGCUCAACAUUGAGCCAAACUCUAAACACAGAAAAGGAAUAGAGGAGAGUUCAUUUUUCUAAGAAUAACAACAGAUCCAUUAAUAAUCUUUACCCCUUUUUAUUAGAGAUGAGGUUUUCAGGAGAACCUGGUAUGAAUACAAGGAUAGAUUUAAGAGCACUUUUGUGGUUUUGUCAGAGCUUUUAAGAAGACAGCAUAGGAGUCUAUCUUUGAUUUGACUAUUUCUAAAUCAAGUUUACUUCAAAUGUGAAAUUCUGUUGGAUUAUUAUGUACCCAAUGCCCUUUUGCUUUAAUAUCAUAGUGUAAUUACUAAAUAUCACACUAUGGCAUAAGAUUCAUAUAAACUAUUUAAAAAUACAUCUUAGCAGUAAGUAUUUUUUUUCAAAUUUCUAAUAUUCAUGUAGAUUUUUAAGGUCAAAUAAUUUUAUUACCAUUUGAGAAGCCCUCUGUAUGUAUUUAUGAAUAAUCUCACAGCAAAAAAACUUUUAUAAUAGAAGAAACCAUUUAUGUCAAUUUCCUUUUAGCAUUGUUUUCUCCAAUGCCCACCACAAAGAAAAAGUCAUUAAUGAUGUAAGUCACCAAAAUAAUGCUUUAAACUUAAAUGUAGUCUAUUAUUUUGCUGGCACCUUUAAUGUCUGCUUCUUGAGAUGUAUUCUUUAUACUUUUCUUCAUGGGCUAUUAGGUUUUGAAAUUCAUGAAUGUGAACAGAGAAAUAUAUUCUUAGACUCUAUUUAGCAGGAGCUGAAGAUGUUGCAAAUGGCUGGUUUCUAUGUGUAGUUGUGGAUUUUGAUCUAGGCAGAAGGCCGUAUUGGUUCAUAGUGCAUACUGCAUUGUAUUCUGGAUACUACCAAAUGAUUAGGACAGCUAACAAGUUAUUAAAAUGUUAUUUUGUGUCAACAGAAAA